AUGAAGGGGUGCCGCCUCCAAAGUAGACGCUCUGGAGAGGAUGAGGGUUCUGGGCGGGCGUGGCGGCGAUCUCCCGUUCCAGGGAUCCCACGUAGGCCUCGAUGGCGGGGACGGGGGCGGCGACGUCGACCGCCCGCCCCAGCGCGAUGA